ACGUUACACCACCAUGAUGGCAGCUGUGAUGGAAACACAUGUGCAGACCUCUGAGGACGAUGCAGAGCUUCAUGGUGAAGACGUCGAUGACUUGAAUGACUCUGAAGGAGGCAGCGAAGAUGGAGGGUCGGAAGGUGAAGGGAGUGAAGCUGGAGACGGGGAUGAAGGGAGUGAAGGAGGGGAGGCUGAAGAUGAGGAUGGAGGAGAGGACGAGGAAGGAGAUGAAGGGAACACCAACGCUGGAUGGGCUGAGGCCAUGGCCAAGAUUCUGGGGAAGGAAACCCCCGAGAGCCAAACGAGCAUCCUGGUUAAGAACAAACAGCUGGACAAGAUAAAGGAGAAGGAAAAACAGGAGCAGCUGGAGAGAAAGAAACAGAUUGAUAAGAAGCGAGAGUGGGAAAUGAUGUGCAGAGAAAAACCAGAUGUGGUGAAAGACCGUGAGACUGAAAAGACCCUGCAGAGGAUUGCAACCAGAGGGGUGGUGCAGCUGUUCAACGCUGUGAGGAAGCACCAGAAGAUAGUCGACGAAAAGGUGAAGGAGGUCGGCGGCUCCGAGAGGAAGAAGGCCAAGAUCCUGUCGUCGGUGUCUAAGAAAGACUUCAUCGAUGUCCUGAGGAGGACGGAGGGAGGCAGCGCAGUCAGAGUGAAGACUGAGAAGGACUCUGUACCUGCCGAGGAGGAGGAUGAGAAACCAGCCUGGAGCGUCCUCCGAGACGACUUCAUGAUGGGAGCCACCAUGAAGGACUGGGACAAAGACAGUGACAGAGAGGGAGAGGACGAGGCUGUUGCAAAAAGAGGAGAUGACGAUGAUAGUGACUCGGACUGAAACCACAACAACACGCUGAAGUGGCCAUGAUGCCUUCAGGGUCAGAAUCAGGUGAACUGAGCAGGGACCUGAGGCCUGGAGGGGAACUCAGACUGUGUUAAAUCCUCACGUUCUGAUGUCUGCUGAUUAUCUUCAAGAAACGGUGGGUGUCUGUCGCGAAACUAAACGUGAUGUAGAAACUGGAGGGACUGGACUGUGAAUCUGUAAGAGCUGCAGGUGACCCUGCCGUCCAUCAGUCACCAUUAUUCUACACCUGUGCUGUGUACAAAUAAUUUUAUUAUUGAAAUGUUUUUGUAAACUCUGUAUAUAGGAUGUUUUGUACAGAGCUGGUCAAAUAAAGAGCCAGUUAUAUGAUAGUGA